GUCACCUGCUGCUUCACACCGCGGCUGUGCGGAAAAACUGUGUGUGUGUGUAACAGGAGAACAGCUGCUAGGCUUCCAGGCUACUCAAGAAUAAUUAUUAUCAACGUUAUUUAUGAGUUUUAUACGGUUUUAACCCGGCGGUCAUCUGCGCGGCCGCUGUGAAGGCGUUAUACACCGUCAUAUCUUAGUUGAUGUGAAAGUGUUUCCGUUAUGUGCGCUGAGAUGAUCGCCGUUAUCUCUGAAACUGCGCGUCAGCCCCGGAUUUGAGACUCGGUGCGCGCAUUAUUUCCGUGUCGCUCAUCUGAGAACAACAUCUCAAUCAUUUUAAUUAAGAAGUAAAGUAUUAAUGAUGAUGUGCUAGUGUCCGAUUGAGAAGGAAACGCAGUCAGAGAAACUAGACGCCCUUAGAGCUGUAAAACACGGCAUGGACUACCUCCUGGAUUUCGAGGAGUGCAUCCGGGAUUCUCCGGUGUUCAGGAUGUCUUUGGAGCGUUGUGAGAAUGAUCUGGAGGAGGUGGAGAGUCGCAUGGAGAAGGUGAUAAGGUUGUGUAAUAAGAUGGUGGAUGAUGGUCAGGUGUUUUGUUCAUCUAAUCAACUCUUCCUGUCUGCGCUGAGUGAGCUCACCUCACACCAUAAAAACAACACUGCUAUAGAGAAUUGUCUGCAGCAGUUUAAUCAAGCUCUGCAGGAGAUGAUCCACUUCCAUACAAUGCUGCUUGACCAGACUCGGAGAGCGAUCACACAACAGCUCACAAAUCUACUGACGCAAUUCCUCCCCCCUCUGCGUGCUGCUCGCUGUGAGUGUGUACGGAUCAGAGACGAGCUGAACACAGCGCUGGUUAAAAGCGCUCAGGUUCCACAGCAUAAAGUGGCUGAAGCAGAGCGACACACACACCUGCUGCUAGCAACACGCAAGUGCUACACACACUGCAACCUGGAUUACUGCCUACAGCUUAAUAAUUUCCUCACUCAACAGAAGCUGGACAUGCUGAACUCAGUUUUCUCCUUUUUUCACGCACAAAACACAUUUUUUCAUCAGGGCUUUGAUCUGCUAAAAGAUCUGGAGCCCACCAUGAAGAUCAUGGCAGCCGAGCUGUCUGGACUCUCAGCUGAAUGUGUGAACAGAAAGAAGAACCUGGAACAUCAGCACUUGCUCGUCCAGCAGAGAGAUGCCUGUGGGGAGCCUGUGCUGUUCAGUUCAGGAGCGAUUGAAGGAUAUCUGUUUAAACGCUCGCGGAAGAAAAACAAAACAUGGAAGAGGUGUUGGUUUUCAGUGAAUCAUAAUCAGCUGAUUUACACCAAAUCACACAAGGAGCAGCCGCUUGCGCUGUUUGAUGAUCUCCGGUUGUGUGCUGUAAAAUCUCUGGACUCGGUCGAUCGUCGUUUCUGUUUUGAGCUGCUCUCUGUGCAGAAGAGCUGUGUUUUACAGGCAGAUUCGGAGGAAUUAAAGAUGGCGUGGAUGAACGCAGUGCAGAGCCGUAUUGACAUGGCAUAUAGAGAUAGAGUGCAGUCUGAACAUACGCAGGAUGGCUCUUUUCCUGCUCCUGCUUCUGCUCCUCUACCUGGUCCUCUUAGCACGGUCCUCUAUAGCCAUGGUAACCUCCGCUGCUGUGACUGCGGGGAGGCGGAGCCUCGCUGGGCCAGCGUGAACCUCGGAAUCACAGUCUGCAUCGAGUGUUCUGGCAUCCACAGGAGUCUCGGUGUACAUCUGUCUAAGGUUCGCUCUCUCACUCUGGAUUCAUGGGACCCUGAACAGCUAAAGCUGUUGUGUGUUCUGGGUAAUGAUGUCAUCAAUGGAAUUUAUGAAUGUCACCUGUCUGAGAUGGAGAAACCCAACUCUGGUAGCUCUCGGCAGCAGAAGGAGGUGUAUAUCAGAAAGAAGUAUGUGGAGAAGAAGUUUGUUCAGGGGUCUGACCCUCAUCUCACUGAGUCAGUACAGCAGUGGGCAGGGCGGAGACUGUAUGAUGCGGCGUUGUGUGGUGAUGUUGUCUCCAUGGCUCUGGCUCUGGCUCAGGGAGGUGACGUGAACUGGACUAACCCUGAAGGACGGACGCCUCUGAUUGGUGCAGCAAUUGGAGGCUCGUUAGUGGCAUGUGAAUUCCUGCUGCAGAAUGGUGCAAACGCCAAUCACAGAGACCAACAUGGACAUGCAGCCAUACACACGGCUACAACACGGGGACACACAGGGCAGGUGUGUCUGUUGUUGAAGAGAGGAGCCAAUCAGUACGCAGCAGAUGAAAAGGGAAAGGACCCCCUCAGUAUCGCUGUAGAAAUGGCUCAUGCUGACAUCGUUACUCUGUUGAGAAUGGCCCGUAUGAAUGAAGAAAUGAGAGAGUCUGAAGGAUUUUUUGGAUCAGUGGGAGACGAUGAGACAUUUCAGGACAUUGUGCGUGAUUUCAGCAACAUGGCGUCUCAUGAUCCAGAGCAACUGACCCGCAGAUGCUUCAACGCUCAGGACGAGUCACAGGAAGAAUGGAGGGAUGGAAAGACACCAGAGACGAGCUGAGGACAGAAGGAGUGAGGUGUCCUGCCCUGAGCGGACAGAUUCAGCUGUAGUUCUGGUUUGAAGGUUUCGGGUUAGAGUUUAGUGUUAAGGGUCCUGAGUUAAGGAGUUCAGGGUAGAUUUCAGGGUUAAAGAGGUCAAAUAACUUCCUGAAUGAGUCUGGUGACUGACGGGGACCAACAAGGGAUUACUGUAUUGAUAAAAAAAUACAUUUCAUAUUCAGAUCAUAAGCACGUACUGACCAGUUCAUUAGGUUAUUAGGAUAAUUGCACGAAUGGGCAGCUUGUUCCUAAUAAAGAGGUUAGUGGGUGUAUAUUUUUAUGUGCUCUCAUUAGCUGUCGUUCGUAUUAGCUAAUCACCACUGAUACUGUGGAUUAAACACUUUUUUAAACUCCGGACUUUGGGGAAAAAAAACUAAUCAAUUAGUUGAAACUAAUUGACUCGGAAGCUGAGCGGUGAAAUCUGACCUACAGAUGGAGCUCGAUAUAAAUGUUACAUUAAUGUUGUUCUUCAGUCUCAAGUUAGACUAAUAUGUUUAUUUUUUAUAUGAUACAUUAUUUUAUGUAUGUAUUUUAGUUGUCUAAUGUGAGUUUAUUAGUCUGUACUGCUGAGGUACAUCAUUCUGACCUUCUAGGUGUAUGAGAUGACUUUUUUGCGCCUAUUAUGUCUGCAGUGAAUAUGUCGAUCAAAACUUAUUACAUAUUUACAUUUAAAAAAAAAAAAAAGAGAAAUAUUUGUUACAUACAUUCACUGUAACCUCACAGCUAACAGCCCGAUCCAGUAACAUCCAGCUCAUUAGAUUUAUCCAAACAUACGGAUUGCUGAAUCGGUGAUACUACACACACCGUGCUGCUGUAUUUAACUUACUGAAAUAAACAGAGAUUGUUGGCCUUUAAAGACUUGUGGAGCUCACCAGGAGCUAAAAUCCAGACGUAUUUACAUAUCUGAGUAAUGUAAUGUAUCUAUAACUCUAUAGGUCAACACACUGAUGUUUCUUGGCUAAUACAAUAAAAUGGAUUUAAUUCAGUUAA